GGUCACCAAGAUGGCCGCCGCCUCCUGUCGAUAGCAUUUCUGCCUCAAUGUUAACUGUCAAAUGCGUUGAUUAAACCGUUACAUUGAGCAACUUACAGUCCAUUUCGACGCCGUCAUGUUCCAGGUGAUCGGCGGGAGGAGUGUCCAGGUGAGCCGGCUCCUCGCACCCAGGAGCGCCGUGCUCGUGGAGGCUGUGCGGGGCAGAAAGUCACGCACGGACCCGGUGGCCAAGUCCAAAGAGGGGCGAAUCAAAGUGCCUCCGCCGGUGGACCCGAGGGAGAUGGUCGUCCUCAAGGAGAGAUUCUCGGAGUACCAGUUGAUCACCAGGGCGCUUCGUCUGGAGUUUAAGGAGGAAGUGCUUCGGAAAAAGUACACGGAGGAGAGGGGCUCCCUGGCGGAGGAGAGGGCGAGGCAGGAGGCGGAGGAGCAUCGCGCCCUCAUGGCCAUGAACAACCAGGAGAACCUCCGCAUGCUCGAAGUCCGGACGUUGAGGGUCCAGAAGGAAAAGGAGGACGCCGAGCGCAAGCAGGUCGAAGCUUCCGUUCAGCGAGAACAGCAGCAGCAAGAAUUCCUCAAAGAAAAAGAGAAGGACAUUUUGCAGUUGCAGGAGGAUGUGAAGAACUUCAUCACGUUGGAGAACUUGGAUCGGCGUAUCGAAGACGCUCUGGACAAUCCAAAGAAUUACAACUUUGCCGUUGACAAGGAGGGGAGGGUUGUGAAACAGACGAUGCUGCAGUGAGCGACCUCUUCUGUGACGUCAUUCAGGACCGGGAGCCGGGUUCGGUCUCCCCGGAGGCCGAUUUCAUUCACCUUCGGCGUUGGAAGAUUAUCGUACCUGUCAAAAUAUAUACGUGAGACUCUUUCAUCGGCAGAGAACUUGUAGAUUAAUGUGACUCGCUGUAAUUUCCUGCCUUUUUUUAUUUGUCAUGUUUCUGCUUUGUAUUUUUUUCUUUUUUUUUGAGAGCUGUACCGUCAAAGUAAAACCUUGUUCCUCUGAU